CACGAGUCCAGAUCGAUAGCGCUGACACGAGUAGAUUACUCACGUCUAGCAAGUUCCUAGGGCAUUCCACGCGUCCUCUCAACGGCCGCAUGCUAACGGCAACGAUUAAAAUCCUCGUUAAAACUGACGGAAGUACCAACCGCCAUUUCAAACCCCAUAUAAACCCAAAUUUCCUUCAGCUGGCGGAUCCAGUCACCGCGGCUCGAAAGAAGAAGAGAAGAUGACGAAAAGCAAAGAAGCGGUCGGCGCACUCGCGGUGACGGAACCCGGUCCGAUGAAGUUUAUCCGCAAGAAUCCAGGACGGGUCCCUUAUCGGAGCUACAAUAGCAACAUAAAAAGAGACUUAAUGGCGGAGACCCGGACGGCGAAGGAGAUAGAGGAGUUCUUUACGGAGGCGGAGAGAGAGGAGAAGAAACGGUUCAUGAACAAGUACAACUACGAUGUUGUUAAGGAUGCGCCAAUGGAGGGAAGAUACGAGUGGGCUCUCCUGUAGAUAGAAGAAGGGGGGAAAGUGUAAAAAGGAAAGUGAAGAUCAGUAGUAUGACUUUUUUUUUUUAGUUUUUGCACUUUUGGUCCUGUUACCUUUGUACAGUUUAUUACUUUUGGGUAAUCUUUGUAAUUAGUGGCCUAUAAUGAAAAUAUAAUAUGUGAGAGUGCUUAUAGCAUAAAAUUAACUUUGGGAGAAUAUGU